AUGAAGUACCUGGACUAUCCUGUCCUCACCCAACUCUCCCAUGUGCUGUCCUCCAACCCCACCCCUGAGGCGCGCACCAACGCCCGAGUCGAGACGUACUCUAUCAAACAGAUCAAGGGCGAUCGCAAGAUGUUCAGGGAGAUGGAGGAACAAUAUGUCAGCGGACAGGAAGACAUGGACGAGAUGAGCUUCUCACCAGAGAUGAAGCAAGCCGGUCUCUCGUCGUGCUUCGGACGCUUAGACGUCAAGGAGUCGCGCAAGGUCCACUUCUUGCUUGUCAACACGCUCAACUCGGCGUUCUCCGGGUAUGACUUCUCGGCGCUUCGCCCAGACCACUUUACCCGCGAGAUUAGCGCAGCACAGGUGCUGUCUCACCUGAGCACAAACCUUUUGGCCAUUGACGGCCUUGAUCUCUCUCCUCUGGCUAUCACGUUGCCAAACCCCUCUGGAUCGCCCCCGAGCUACUCGCCUUCUCUGGGCUCGUCGCCCAAAGGAACCGACGUUGGCAACCCCAGUCUCUACCGCAUCCUCAACGAAGUUGUCCCACUCAACGAAUGCGAAGUUUACUCUUGGUUCCCGGAGCCCGAGUAUGACCCGCACGUCGAGCCUGAGGAGAAUGAAGAGGCCAGCGAGUACGAUGAGGAAGACAGCGAGGAGUUCCUUUCACUCGACGACGAUCCGAUGGACAUUGACGACGGGCCCAUCAGCUGGGGCCAGGCUGGCAUGGAGCUCGAGCUUGACGACGUCCCUGAGACGUCGGCGCUGCCGAACCAGACGCGGUCAGUCCGCUCCAUGUCACUUAGCAGUGCAAUCGACUUCAGCGACCUUGCCAUGUUCAGCCCCACCCUGGGCGCAAUAUCGGACAGCGGUCACGGACGGAAAGUCGGAGGGCUCCUGUGGAGCGCCAACUACUUCUUCUACAGCAAGCGCCAGAAGCGUGUGCUUCUUAUCACGGCGUGGUGUCGCAAACGCCCGUCGCAUGAUGAUGCCCAGCCCACGGACCAGUUCGAGUCGGGGAGCCUGCCGUUACCGAUCUCAUCGUCCUUCACGUCACCAUCCACAACCUUCCAGUCCCUUGCCUCGCAGUCGGCGAAGAGCCGCCCGCCUCGGGUCAGUCACCACAACCUGAGUAACGCUCGACCCAACCAUCGGCGGUCCAAGCUCGCGUCCAAGCUUGCCACUGGACGCACCCUGGCGGCGCAGACGAUACCGAUAAGAUCGUCCGUGACAGCCCAAGACCCCGUAACACCCGUGCGCUUUGCGAGCUCGGCUCCUGCACCGACGAUGCCGCCUAUCGCGAGCCCGAGCUUCAGAGUCAACACGGGUAUCAAGCCGCGCCAGACGAGCGCGCGGCUGAUGAUCAACGCCAACGCCAAGGCGGCUGCUGCCAGCAAGGCCGAACCUACUACAGCCCAGAUGAGCGGGAGUGUCGAAGGCGAGAGCUCGCGUGUGCGCAAAGAGCGCAGCGGGAGCCUCACGCCGGGGCCAGGACUGGGGCUUGUGGAUGCUCUGACAAGUAGCGGCGUCGGCAGCGACGUCGCCAAGGGCAAGCGUGUCAAGGUGUAG